AUGUCUGACUUUGGAACUUCGAGGCUCAUCCCGGUGGAUGAAACUCAGUUGACAACGUUGGUGAGGGGAACAUUUGGAUAUUUGGAUCCAGAAUACUCUCAGAGCAGCCAGCUAACAGAAAAGAGUGAUGUUUAUAGUUUUGGGGUUGUUUUGGUGGAGCUACUAACGGCUAAGCAGGUAAUUUCUUUUGCAAGGCCAGAGCGCGAAAGAAAUCUAGCAGUAUAUUUUGUUUCUCAAAUGAAUGCAGAUCGUUUGCUUGAAAUUCUUGACGAUCAAGUCCCCCUCAAUGAAGAAAUCAUCGAGCAGCUAAGGGAAGUUGCUGACCUUGCAAGUAAGUGUUUGAGGAUGAGAGGAGAGGAAAGACCUGCUAUGAAGGAUGUCACGGCAGAGUUAGAAAGAAUAAUGAAUAAUCUAGUUAAUUAA